AUGAUGACUUGUAUCAUCCUCCACAAUAUGAUUGUGGAAGAUGGGUAUGAUUACGAUGCUGAUGAAGUGUAUGAACCAGAUCCCAUGAACACGGCCUUAACACGAAUUUAUGAAAAACCCAUGGGGCUAAUGGAGAACCAGUGCAGCAUGAUCUGUUGGUUAGAGACGGUAGUUUCAUGCAUCGUAUGA